AUGGCUAGCCUCGAGUUCCUGCUCGGAACGACCAUCGGAUGCGGCCUCGUCGGGGCGAUGUUGUCACAGUUUCUGUACGGACUGUCUCUCGCUCAAGCCGUGUACUACUUCUGGGUGUAUCCCGAUGACCCGAGACAUUUGAAGGGCCUGGUAGCAUGCUGGUUACUGUUGGACACCGUGAAGGAGGCGAUAGCGCUGCAGGUCCUUUUCGAGGACCUGAUCGCCAACCACGCCAACCUCGAAAGUAUAGCACAUCUCUCCAUAGCUUAUGGGGCGCAGAAUGUUCUAGGAUGGAUACUUGUGUUCUCAGUACAGUGCUUCUACAUCAACAACAUGAAACAUAUUCUACGAUAUCACAAACGUCGUCGACUCAUCAUAGGUGUCGCCAUCGUGCUAGCAAUCUUAACCCUUCUUGCUGGGUCCGCAAUCAUCGACUACGCUAUCUACUACAAAGGGAGGUUCAACAAGAUGUCCUUGGUGGCCCUAGCCCCGCCAGGCAUCAUCAUCCUCACGGACGUCUACAUCACAUUUGUCCUAUGCUAUACGUUAUAUGCCGCCAAAUCAGGCCUGCGUAGCCCAGCACUCGUCAACCGAUUGAUCAAGUACAGCGCCGACCGCGGCAUCAUCCUAUGCAUGGUGCAACUCGUGGCCCUCGCGACUUACAUCUACGACAUCCACUCCGGCUCGACGAACAUCACCGCAGUCGUCUACUUCGCCGAAGUGAACGUAUACUGCAACACCGGGAUGGCAGCUGAACAUGCGCAAGCACGUCCGGGAAUCGCUGAACGACCAGUACUCUGUGAGAUCAUGCCUAUGACCCGACCGCAAGGCCCCGUGGAUAGUAACAACACCUCGAGCGGCUCUGACGACACCGCACUGGCCACGCCGCGAACACCACCGUCCGCAGCGAUCGCACGUCAAAGUAUGAUUCGUCGCAUCGACAAUCUAUGGCGGUGA